ACCCCAUUCACUAUUAUAAAUAACAUUAUUUUUCUGAGCUGCUUAACUGAUUUAAGUUACUGCGACUCCUUAAUAUUCUCCUACAAACAAUAAGAGCGCUCUUCGUUACUUUCCUCCUCCUGAGAGUGACUGAGGGAUUUUAGAUUCUGAAUACCGGUUUCUUAUGGUUUUCAUCAUUUAUAGCAAGCAGAAGAGUUUUCAUUCAAUUUGUAUUACUAACUUCAAGGAAUCUGCAUGAUGGUACGCUGGGGGACAAGCUCUUUACUAAACACAGUAAAUUUUUUGACUCGCUCAAGUUUGUCUAAACCUUUACGUUUUUCAAGAAACAUGUCAACCCAACCAGGCAACGAUGAAGUAGUGCUGUCUGAGAUAAUCAAUAACAAAGGUGUAUUGACAUUGAAUCGGCCCCGAGCCUUAAAUUCUUUAAAUGAAGCUAUGGUGACUAUAAUUCUUGAGAAGUUAAAAGACUGGGAACACAAAGUCGAUUGCGUUGUGGUAAGAGGUGCCGGAGAGAAAGCAUUUUGUGCUGGAGGCGAUGUUGUCGCUGUAACUUCCGGAAGUCUUACAAACUGUAACCAUGGCAAAAACUUCUUCCGCAAGGAGUAUACUAUGGACUACAUCAUUAGUCAAUACAAGAAACCAUACAUAGCUUUAAUCGAUGGCAUCACAAUGGGUGGUGGAGUUGGUAUUUCUGUUAAUGGAAAAUACAGAAUCGCAACUGAAAAAACGUUGUUCGCAAUGCCUGAAACAGCGAUCGGUCUUUUCCCAGAUGUUGGAGCGAGUUAUUUUCUCUCUAGAUUAGAGGGAAAACUCGGGCUCUACUUGGCACUUACUGGACAAAGACUGAAAGGGAAAGACGUUGUGAAAAUUGGAUUCGGUACUCAUUAUAUUGAGAGUAAAAAUAUUCCUACGCUAUACGAAGCUAUAUUGAAAGGUGACGGUGACGUUGAAAGUACAAUUAAGAAACACUCAGUUGAUGUUUCUGAUCACACUUUUAGCCUGGCUCAAAACAUGGGGCUUAUAAAUGAAGCAUUUUCUGGUUCGACUGUAGAAGAGAUUUUUACAAGGCUAGAAAAAGAUGGUUCUCAAUUUAGUCAAGACACUUUGAAACUUUUAAAUAAAAUGUCUCCAAUUUCUAUGAAAAUUUCCAAAGUAGAAUUGGAAAAAGGAGCCAAAAUGUCUCUCAAGGAGUGUCUUCAAAUGGAGUUUCGACUUGCCAAGUCUGCUUUAGAGGCUACGUCUUCUCCAGAUUUUUAUGAAGGAGUGAGAGCCUUAUUAAAAGACAAGGAUCAAAAUCCAAAGUGGAACCCAUCCAGUCUCCAAGAAGUUACUGAUGAUAUGGUGAAUAAAGUGUUUUUACCGAUCUCACCUGAAGAAGAGCUUAAGCUAUCUUCAAACCGGGAGAGUCGACUUUAGGAUAUUGGAAAACAAUCUGAGGUGUCUACAACAAUGCUUUGAGAAUAUGAGCUUUAGUAAAUUACUUGGACUCCUGCUAGUGUCUUAAAAGGAUGAUUGUGAUGAAAAUCUGCCAUAGAGAUCCCUGUGAAAUGGCAUAUAUUCCUCAUUUCAAAGUUAAAAUAAAUUUACCCUACUAGUAAGGCAUCCACAGUCUUGAAUAACACGAUUGUGGUAUUUUUUUUGUGAAACCGGCAACAACACCGACUUAGCGUGCUAAUGUUACGAUCUUGUGGACAUGUUAAGAUCUGUAAUGGUUAUCCAAGGAGUCUAGUAAUCCUCCAUACUACUUUAGUUGAGAUCAGAAACUGAUCUGUAAGAUAACAGACUAAAACAUCAGCAUCAGUUUCUGGUGAUUAAACACCACAAUAGUGUAAUUAAAGUAGAUUUAUUUAAUCUAGCUAACUUUUAACUAAUUAAAUAUUCAACCUUUAAAAUUUAACCUCACUGAAUGUUUUUUUUUAUUGGGUGAAGAAAUGAAAAAAAAAACUCAAUGAAGUUGAUCUGUUAAAAGUAAUCAAUAGUUUUUGGAAUAUUCAGUUAAGUGGAGAAUGUAAUUGGAGUAGUGUUUGAUGUUAGGUAAAAUCAAUCGAAGAUGUUACAGAAACUUGGUCAGGAUGUGGUGUCUAUAUUUUAUAUUUUUUGUUAUUUUUUUGGAGGAUAUAUUUUUAUAUUAUACGUUUAUAAAAACAUUCAA